CAGAUAGAGAAAACACCAGAAUGGAAUAGCAAUGUGCAAAGUGUGGAACGCGUUGAUACGAUCAGUGAAUACGCUGAUAUUAUUCAUUACACAACAUCCGACCUGAUUGUUGUUAAAGGCCGUGACUUCGUUGUAUGUCGAAUGUGGAGGAAGGUAGGCGACUCCUAUGUCGUGGCGGCCACCAGCUUUCGAAAGCGACGUUCCGAUAGCACCAAAGAAAAAGCGGUGCUAAGCUCAGGAAUCGCUGAUAUGAUGAUAAAGGAUGCUCGUUACGCGUACAAAUAUGUUGAGGAAGAGCAGUCGAAAAAGAAAUCUGAAUAG